GGCGUGUAAUUCAUUGUUGGUAAAAGGAAGAAAAAACACAUCAAGCGUGUAUGAGGUUUCAGUCACAUGACAGUACAGCUAUAUGAAGGCAGCGCUUCCCGAAAGUUAAGUUAAGUAACUUAUCUACAGGUACGAAGAACUGUGUCUGGCGCGCUUGAACAUCUGGCUUACAUUUUAACACAACGCAACUUUCCCAGAAAAGGUCUUGCUGUCAGGAUGUGGAAAAUCCUGUUUAUUGCCGCACUGUGUGGAGGAACAGCAGCCCUGGUCAGUCAAGACCUGGAUCAGCACUGGGAGAUGUGGAAGAGCACGCACAACAAGUCCUACCUCAACAAGACUGAAGAGCUGAAGCGGAGGCAAACUUGGGAGAAGAACCUCCAGCUGAUCACCCUGCACAACCUGGAGUUCUCCAUGGGGAUGCACACCUAUGAUCUUGCCAUGAACCACCUGGGAGACUUGACCAAAGAAGAUAUUUUAUCUUCCCUGGCUGGUACCCACUUUCCUUAUGGUCUUCAAAGAGGGCGUUCCACAUUUAUGGGAUCUUCUGCGACGGUCUUGCCAGAUUCCAUUGACUGGAGGCAGCAAGGUUACGUCACGGAUGUCAAGAAUCAGGGCGCUUGUGGAUCUUGCUGGGCAUUUAGCGCAGUGGGAGCCCUUGAAGGCCAGCUGAUGAAGACUCAAGGGAAGCUGGUCUCCCUGAGCCCUCAGAACCUGGUGGAUUGCUCCUCCAAGUAUGGCAACAAAGGAUGCAAUGGUGGUUUCAUGACUCAAGCCUUCCAGUAUGUCAUUGAUAACCAAGGCAUAGACUCUGAUGCCUCCUACCCCUAUACGGGCCAUGAUGAUCAGUGUAAAUACGACCCUGCCAACCGAGCUGCCAACUGCACAUCAUACAGUUUUGUGGCUAAAGGCAAUGAAGAUGCGCUGAAGGAAGCCGUGGCCACCAUUGGACCCAUAUCUGUGGCCAUCGAUGCCACCCGACCAUCAUUUAUCUUAUACCGGAGUGGUGUGUACAAUGAUCCUUCCUGCAGUCAGACUGUAAACCAUGGUGUACUCUUAGUGGGCUACGGAACACUGAGUGGUGAUGACUUUUGGAUAGCGAAGAACAGUUGGGGACAAGGUUUUGGUGACCAGGGAUAUAUUCAAAUGUCACGGAACAAGAACAACCAAUGUGGCAUCUCCCUCUAUGCCUGCUACCCCACCAUGUAGGGCCUGAAAGCUGAAACACAAACAACCAAACUCAGCACCCGGGAAAUGUUUUCAAGUCUAUAAGUCUAUAAGACUAAUACUGUGAGGCAGUACGCUAACAUUCUAUAAAUAAUAAUUUUUACGGUUGUGGGAUCUCAAAAUUUUUACACGAAUGCCGAUUUUUGCAUGAUUAUUUAGCAUUUUGUACAGCCCAACAAAAUCUUUUAGAAAAAAAAUGUCAUAUAUUAAUAUGCAUUUCCAAUAAUUUAAUGAUAACUGUGCCAAGGGGGGUGGCAUGGAAGUUUUGGAGAGGGACAUGGGUUCGAGGCCAGCCCCUUUAUUUUUAUUUUAUAUUUUAUGAGGCAUGUUUACUGUGUGGGAGUGUUAUGGGUGUAUAAGAGUCAGGCUCUUAUUGCUGUGCAAUUUGCUCAUUUAAGUCAAGCAGGGGUUUCUAAGUAUUUCAGACCACUGAGCCAAAAAGAUCACCCAGCUCCAUCCUUCAGUUCCUGUCCAGAAGAGCCGGGUUUUACAAUCAUUUUUAGCAGAGAUAUACAGUAUUUGCCUGUUGCAUUUUGCAGGAACGGGUUUGUUUAAGGAACAUCACCGACGUGGGAAUCGUCAUCCUCUAAUUUCAUUUCCCUUUUUCUUGUUUUGCUGCUUUGGGUUAGCAGCAGAUCUCAUUUGUUAUUUAAACCCGAAUUCUGAAAACAGUGAAUUUUCAACUCCAUUUUUAUUUGAAUGUCAAAGAUAACCCAGACUUUUUUUCCAUUUAUUAAAGUAACUAAUUAACUUUCAUUUGAAAAUUCUAGCAUUAAAAUGUACCUUACUGUCUCUUGUAUUUGCUAAGAACUACAGUGAAUUAUAUUAUAAUCAACAUUU